AUGCAGCAGGCAUGGACGACUAGAGGCAAAUCCUGCCUUUGGUGUACUUACCAGGCACUAUUACGUCCUGCGACAAGAAAUUUCACGACCACUUCAGCACUGCACCGAGCCAAAAGUUCGUCAAAGAAGAAAUCGGAACAGAAACAGAAACAAACCGAAGUGAGUUUGCCAUGCUACCGGCCGUUCGCCAUGACUUUGCUAAUCGAUGUUCUCUGCAAGGAAUCUUCUUCACAUCGCUCUCUUAAGAAAACCCUCGAAGACCUCCGUAAACAACCUCAGAGAAGAUGCCAGAGGGAAUCGAUAACGGUCAAUGAUUUCGCCGGGAUCGUCGAAGCCCUCCUUCUUGAACACCGGCAAGGUCUUUCCAACAAAUCAAUUGCUUCAUCGAAGGAAUGGAAGGAUUUCGAACGAUUUGUGUUGAAUGCGUGCAAGAUUGAAACCAGGGGCACGAACAUCCCAAACAGCCCUUUGCGACAACUGAAGAUCGCACUGCAGAGAGCCUAUAUCAGAGAUGGGACCCAAGGAUUAAGGACUGAGCUGGGAUAUCUCCUCUACGCCCAGAGCCUCACUAUCAAGUAUUCCGCGCCAAACCUGAAACACCAGAAGGAAGUGACCGACCUCAGCUACCCGGCGGAAUGGUACCCACAGGCACGGUCCGUCCAACGAACGAUACAUCUACAUGUUGGGCCAACGAACUCGGGGAAAACGUACGCUGCGCUUAAGCGACUUCAGAACAGCAAGAAAGGCUUCUAUGCCGGUCCGUUAAGGCUACUCGCGCAGGAAGUGUACCAUCGGUUCACAGCCGACGGAACCCCAUGUAGUCUUGUCACCGGGGAUGAAGUCAAGAUCCCCGAAGACCAGUUGCCAUCCAUAAUGAGCAAUACGGUGGAGAUGGUCGAUCUAUCAGAGCGUUUUGAUGUUGGUGUCAUUGAUGAGAUCCAAAUGUUGGCAGACCCCUCGCGUGGAUGGGCUUGGACUCGUGCCCUUUUGGGUGCGCGUGUCACCGAAUUGCACCUCUGUGGUGAGACCAGAACUGUGCCUUUGAUUCGUAACAUCGCUGCGCUUACGGGGGACAAGCUUGAGAUUCACCAUUAUGAGCGUUUGAAUGCCCUCAAAGUUGCAAAUAAGAGCCUUGAGGGCAACCUCAAGAACCUUGAGAAGGGUGACUGCAUUGUGGCAUUUUCUCGACUUGGGAUCCACGCUUUGAAAACAGACAUCGAAAAGGUCACUGGGCGACGAGCGGCGAUUGUUUACGGUAGCUUGCCUGCUGAAAUCCGUACUCAGCAAGCCGGCCUAUUCAACGACCCUGACAAUGACUACGACUUCUUGGUUGCCAGUGAUGCUAUUGGCAUGGGUCUGAACUUGAGCUGCAAACGCAUUAUCUUCGAGACUUUGGUGAAAAGGGUACCGGGCGGCCUUCAGAGGCUUUCUGUGCCGGAAAUCAAACAGAUUGGCGGGCGAGCGGGUCGCUAUCGAUCAGCCGGGCAACGAGAAGGGAAUGAAAAUGAUGGACAAAACGUGGGCUGGGUAACGUCUCUGGAAGAGGUAGACCUGCCUUACAUCCGAAAGGCAAUGGUUACCGAACCCCCUCCCAUUAGUGCCGCGGGCAUCAUUCCUCCGGAUUCUGUGUUCCAAAAACUGGGCGCCUACUUCCCACCAGGUGUACCUUUGGAAUACAUCAUCAAGCGCACCUUUGAACUCUCUCAGGUCGGCUCUUUGUUCUUCCGUUGCGAUCCCAGGAGUCAGGUCGAAAAUACCGAGAUCACCGAUGCAGUCCCUGGAUUACGAUUGGAAGACCAAUUGACGUUCAUGGCGGCACCUUUGUACACCCAAGGGCAAGCAGCGAAGGACGUUUCGCGUGCGCUUGCCGAGUGCGUUGCGCAGAACACAGCAGGUAACUUGUUGGAUAUUCCGGAGCUCAACCUGGAAAUCCUAGAGGAGCCAGUGUCCGCUAGCAAGGAAUACCUGCACCAGUUGGAAGGUCUCCACAAAGCCCUCAUCUCGUAUCUAUGGCUCAGUUUUAGAUUUGGCGGUGUCUUCACUGAUCGCACCCUCGCCACUCAUGUGAAAGGAUUGGUGGAAGAGAGGAUGAUCAGGGCUCUGACCGAAUUCUCUGCCAACAAGAAGAUCAGAAAAGACGAGUCUCUCCGACGACAGAUUGCUCUGCAGAAACAAAUCGCGGAGCGCCAGCGGCUAUUCGCCGAUUUGGAUUACCAGUCCAUGGAUGGAGAGCAACAAUCGCCUCCGGUUGAUCUCACUGCGGAUGAUAUUUCUUCGGCGGAAACUCCUGAGACCAAUUCCAUGUAA